AGACAGUUAGAAGACUAUUUGAACAAGCUGCUGAGGAUGGCCAUGUACCGCAAAUAUCACCAUACUAUGGAGUUCAUUGACAUCAGCCAGCUGUCUUUCAUUCACGACCUGGGACCCAAAGGACUAGAAGGGAUGAUCUAUAAGCGUUCAGGCGGACAUCGUAUCCCUGGCAUGAACUGCUGUGGUCACAGCCAAGCCUGCUACCGUUGGUCCAAACGCUGGCUGGUGGUGAAGGACUCAUGUUUGCUGUACAUGAAGCCAGACUCAGGGGCAAUCUCCUUCGUCAUGCUGGUGGAUAAAGAGUUCAGCAUCAAGAUGGACUCCAAAGACACAGAGACCAAACAUGGAGUCCGGAUUGAUAGUCUCUCCAGGACGCUCGUGUUCAAGUGCAUCAGCUACAGACACGCCCGCUGGUGGGGUCAGAGCAUCGAGAGCUUCGUGAGGAGUCACGGGAAGGCUUUCCUGCGGGAUCACCGCUUCGGGUCAUUUGCCCAGGAAGAGGAAAACAUCCCAGCCAAAUGGUACGUGAAUGGAAAGACGUACAUGGAGGACGUGGCUGACGCUUUGGAAGAGGCUAAAGAGGAAAUCUUUAUCACUGACUGGUGGCUGAGUCCAGAGAUCUUCUUGAAGAGACCUGUGGUGGAGGGCAACAGGUGGAGACUGGACUGUAUCCUCAAACGCAAAGCACAACAGGGAGUGCGCAUCUUCGUGAUGUUGUACAAGGAGGUGGAGGUCGCCCUGGGCAUCAACUCAGGCUACAGCAAGAGGACGCUCCUGCACCUGCACCCCAACAUCAAGGUGAUGCGUCAUCCCGACCACGUCUCCUCCUCCGUCUACCUGUGGGCGCAUCACGAGAAGAUCAUUGUCAUUGACCAAUCGGUGGCUUUCGUGGGCGGGAUUGACCUGGCGUACGGUCGCUGGGACGACAGAGAGCACCGUCUGACGGACGUCGGCAGUGUGACGCGUUCUGUGGCCCUGGAGCAGGCUGGAUCCACCAACACUUCUUCCAGUAAGGGUGUGUCCGCUGUCGACGGCGUCUCGCAGCGCAAUGGACAAGGGACGCUGCCCGGUGACCCGGUGGAAUUGCCCAAGCUGAAGGGGAUUGGCCGCAGCCGGCGGUCUCGCUUCAGUCUGUACAGGCACCUGCAUAAACACACCCUGCAGCAGGCAGACAGCGUCAGCAGCGUGGACAGUGCUGGGAGUGGUUCAGUGCAAAGCCUGAAGACAGGUGUCGGAGAACUACAAGGCAACACUCGCUUCUGGCACGGAAAAGACUACUGCAACUUUGUCUACAAGGACUGGAUCCAGCUGGAGAAACCUUUUGAUGACUUCAUCGACAGAUACACCACUCCCAGAAUGCCUUGGCAUGACAUCGCCUCGGUGGUUCAUGGCAGAGCCGCCCGGGAUGCGGCCAGACACUUCAUUCAACGCUGGAACUUCACUAAGAUCAUGAAGCCAAAGUAUCGCUCUCUGUCUUAUCCAUUCCUACUGCCCAAGUCCCACUCCAGUGCCAACGAGCUCAGAUACCAAGUCCCUGACUGCACCAAUGCCAAAGUACAAGUGUUGCGCUCAGCAGCAGACUGGUCGGCAGGCAUAAAGUACCACGAGGAGUCCAUCCACAACGCCUACAUCCAGGUCAUCGCCAAGAGCAAACACUACAUCUACAUAGAGAACCAGUUCUUCAUCAGCUGCGCCGACAACAGAAUGGUGUACAACAAGAUUGGAGACGCCAUCAUUGAGAGGAUCAUCAGGGCGCACAAGGAGGGUAAGAAGUACCGCGUCUACGUGGUCACGCCGCUGCUUCCUGGUUUUGAGGGGGACAUCACCACGGGAGGAGGGAACGCCCUCCAGGCUGUCAUGCACUUCAACUACAGAACCAUGAUCAGAGGAGAGUUCUCCAUCAUAUCGCAGCUGAAGAAAGAGAUGGAUGACCAGUGGAUGAACUACAUCUCCUUCGCCGGGCUGCGGACUCACGCUGAGCUGGAGGGACGCCUGGUCACAGAGCUCAUCUACAUCCACAGCAAGAUGCUCAUCGCAGACGACAACACAGUCAUCAUCGGUUCUGCUAACAUCAACGACAGGAGCAUGCUGGGUAAACGUGACAGUGAGGUGGCGGUGAUUGUCGAGGACUCUGAAAAGGUGGCGUCUGUGAUGGAUGGACAGGAGUAUGAAGCUGGACCCUACGCACUCCAGCUACGCCUGGAAUGCUUCAGGACCAUCCUCGGAGGUCACAGCGACACCAGCAUUGACCUGUCUGACCCCAUCAGCGAUCGCUUCUACAAGGAGGUGUGGAUGACCACAGCCGGCCGUAAUGACACCAUUUAUGAGAAGGUGUUUCGCUGCCUCCCUUCGUCCCUGGUGAGGAACAUGUCCGAGCUGGAGCAGUUCCAGUCCAAACCGGGCUUGGCCCAGACCGACACGGCCCGCGCUCACGAGGAACUGCGCAAAAUCCGCGGCUUCUUGGUCCAGUUUCCUCUGGACUUCCUGUCCGAGCACAACCUCAUGCCCUCUGUAGGGACAAAGGAGGCCAUGGUCCCAACUGAGAUCUGGACGUAAAGGACAAGAAAAGACCGCCACCUACUUUUUAAUCGUAUUUCAUCCUGAGUGAUGUCUCUGGACUGCGUCGUCAUCAUCAGGUGGAUUGUGUAAGAGAUCAUUUCUGAUGUGUAUGAUCCAGAGAUGAGAGGCAGGUUUACGGCUCUGCCGGGCACCGACAAAUCUCUAGAAUCUGUUGCUACUGAAAAACACUAAACGGUGGCAAGAGCUUGAAGGGGUAAGCACUUAAAUUUAUGAAGAAAAAGAAGACUUCACAUUUGAGGAAUGCAUUGUGGUCGCAUUCAAAUUGUGGAGAUGUGAAGAAAAAAGAUUUUGAAGGGACCAGGGUGAGGGACGAGUCAAAUCUUAGACAACACUGCUAAUAAAUAUUCAACUCUAGGUUUAAGAGUGAAUUUUUAAUUUUCAAUUUAUGUUCGUUAGGUGCAUUAGUGCUGAAUGUGCCGUACAUGAGCAGACAGCGGAGUCGCUGAGCUCGUCUACGUGCUGCUUUAGAUGAAUUUCAAAACUUUUUUCAUCUCAAAUGUGUCUUCAAAUUUCUAAUACGAGAUGUGUGCUCACUCUUCACUGUGCUCGCACGCGCACACAAGACAAUGUUUCUAGUUCAACGGUGGUGCAUGAUUUACCGAUCUUGAUAACUAAUGCAUGUACCAAUCACAGGAAACUUAAGAUGUAAGAUGUUUUGUGAAAGAUAAUUAUGGACACAGCUGUAUUCUGUGAAUCAAGGUGUUGAUUCGACAUUAUUCAACUUUAUUUGUCGUAAAAACGCUUGUGUCUGACAUCAGAGGCUGAAUGAGACAAUCUGCCCACAAGUUUAAAACAGCAAUUCCUUCUUUGCUCAACAGAGGGUGCUAGCCUCUUAAAAAUACAGUGUGUGUACAGUAAAGGAAGAGUUUGAGGUUUUCUAUCAAAUGCAGAAACACAGUCUUUGAAACAAGGUAAACAGUGAAAAUACAAAUAAUAAUAUAUCUGUCAUGAGACAGCUUUUUUACAUUUCCACUUCUCCGGCAUAUCCAGUCAUGUGUUGUUCUCUUAUGCAACCUUUUAAAGUUUCCCAGUUUGUUUUGUAAAUACAAAAUGUCUGGCCUGUGUGUUUUCGUUUUUAAUAUCUGUCAGAGCGUCUUCUUUGAUCACCAACCUCCUCGAAUGUGAAGUUAAUUCAAUAAUCUCUCGUUUGUCUCAUUUACUGCGACAAACACAGCAAACAGAUCGUCGCUGCGGAAACGAGUCAAGGCUUGGUUUGGAAAUUCCUGUGAAGUGAUGAAUACAUCAGAAAUAAAGGCCUUGCAUGGAA